UGGCCAGUUAUCAGUACAGGAGUAAAAGCAAAGGCUUGUCACACAUUUGGCGAGUGUAGCCAGUGCAAAGCCAAAAGCACGGGACGGUAAACUAAAAUCUCUACCAUGGUGAACAGGAGGCGAAAUGGGUCCCGUGCUAAUGGUCGUGCUGGUCGAGGAGGGGUUCAAGCACAGCAAGAGCAGCAACGCAAACGGCCACCAAUUAAGGCUCUUAGAGAACCAGCCAUCUUUGCUAAACAAUCAGGCAGCGCCUUGGACACCCCACAUGACAAAGUAAAUUUAGCCCAGGCUCGCCGUGGCACUCCAGCUCAUCGGCCCGUACGAGUGUAUGCCGAUGGAAUCUUUGACCUCUUCCAUUCAGGCCAUGCCCGGGCUCUGAUGCAGGCCAAGAAUUUAUUCCCAAACACACAACUGAUUGUUGGAGUAUGCAGUGAUGCCCUGACGCACAAGUAUAAAGGCUAUACAGUGAUGACAGAGGAUGAACGUUACGAAGCCCUUAUACACUGUCGUUAUGUGGAUGAGGUGGUCCGUGACGCUCCCUGGACCCUCACUUCUGAAUUCCUGAAAAAACACAGGAUUGACUUUGUGGCACAUGAUGAUAUCCCUUACACCUCUGCUGGAUCAGAAGACGUCUAUAAACAUAUCAAAGAAGCAGGAAUGUUCGUGGCUACUCAAAGAACGGAGGGGAUCUCUACCUCUGAUCUCAUCACACGUAUUGUUCGAGACUAUGACGUCUACGUCAGGCGUAACCUGCAGAGAGGAUACACAGCACGGGAACUCAACGUUGGCUUCAUCAAAGAGAAGAAGUACCGUCUACAAGAGCAGGUGGACAGAAUGAAGGAGACAGUGAGGACGGUGGAGGAGAAGUCCAAACAUUUAGUGCACCGUGUCGAAGAGAAGAGCCAUGACCUCAUCUACAAAUGGGAAGAGAAAUCUCGCGAGUUCAUCGGAAACUUCCUGGAGUUGUUUGGUCCAGAUAAAGCCUGGCUCAUGAUCCAGGAGAGGAGUGGCCGUGUUCUCCAGGCUCUGUCUCCCUAUCAGUCCCCAAGCACUUCGCCAAGCUCCAGUCCCACCAGAGGACGCUCUACUUCGCCCGUCACCCACUGGCCCCUGCUACGCUUCCGUUCACCACCACCUAAAAGUGCUUCUGUCAGCAGCAGUGAAGGUGACGAAGGGGAAAUGUAGAUGGAUGCUGACUCUCCGACCUCCUGUAUGUUUGCACAGACACCCUUACGUUCAUAAUAAUGAACAAUGAAUAAUCAUAAUCUACAAAUGCAUGCUGCUCAAAGUCCAAACUGACUUUAUAAUUCUAUAGAAGAAAUUUUUCAAAAGCUAUAAUUUGUAUACAGAACUGAACACUUCAUAACUUGUCUUUUGACUUAAAGGCCUGUUCACACCAAAAAGGAAAAAGACUGCUAGCUAUAUUUCACACCAACGCGUGACAACUUUGUUUAUUACAAGUGUGCACUGCUUUCUCUAUCGUAAUUAUCAUAAUAGCUGUGAUGUGAACUUCCCUAUGCACAUAGAAUUA